AUGGAUUCUAAUCCAUUUUUGAAUUUGAAUUUUGUUGAUCUUCUCCAAAGUCAACAAGAUAGUGGCAUAGGUUUAGAAUUUUCUCCCAUUCCUUUAUUUGGCACGCAAGCCACAGAAGAUUCAAACUUCGAGCAAGACAGUCCACUGCAGCGUAAAGAACGCAGGUCUUGGUCGCAAACAGAUGAUGAGGUCCUCAUCAGCGCUUGGCUUAACACCAGCAAAGAUGCGGUUGUUGGGACCGAGCAAAAGUCUGGGGCCUUCUGGAAGAGAGUAGCCGACUACUUUUCUGCUAGUCCGAAGCUUGCAGGCCUGGAAAAAAGAGAGCCAUUGCACUGCAAGAAUAUGUGGCACAAGAUCAAUGAUCUUGUGUCCAAGUUCUGCGGAUCUUAUGAAGCCGCAGCAAGACAGAAAACUUCAGGCCAAAAUGAGAAUGAUAUUCUCAAACAAGCUCACCUUAUCUUCUUGAACAACUAUAAAAAAAAAAUUCACUCUGGAACAUGCGUGGAAGGAGCUUCGCCAUGA